AUGGAAACAACGGGCUUCACUGAGAACCAGCUCAUGGUCCGCGAGGCCGUCGGCCAGAUAUGCGCGCAGUUCCCCAACACGUACUGGCAGGAGCACGACCAAAAGGAGCAGGACCCGAGCGACUUCCACGCCGCAAUGGCCAAGGCGGGGUGGCUGGGCAUCGCGCUGCCCGAGUCGCUGGGCGGCAGCGGGCUGGGGAUAUCCGAGGCGACCAUGAUGAUGCAGACCAUCACCGAGUCGGGCGCCGGCAUGGCGGGCGCGCAGGCCAUCCACGCCAACGUGUACGCGACGCAGCCGCUCGCCAGGUUCGGCACGCGCGAGCAGCUGGAGCACACCAUCCCUAACAUCAUCUCUGGCAAGUGGCGCGCGUGCUUUGGCGUCACGGAACCUAAUGCGGGUCUCAACACGCUGGGGCUCUCGACGACGGCGCAUCGUCUUCCUGACGGCAGCGGGUACCGCAUCUCCGGGCAGAAGAUCUGGAUUACGUGCGCGCAGGUGGCGUCCAAGAUGAUUCUGCUGGCGCGCACGACGCCGCUGGAGCAGGUGCGUCGGCCGAGCGAGGGGCUGUCGCUGUUUUGCAUCAAUCUGGACCGGAGCCAGCCCGGGCUGGAGAUGAAGAAGAUUAAGAAGAUGGGCGGCCGCGCUGUUGAUGCCAACGAAGUCUUCUUCGACGGGUAUAGCAUACCGUCUAGUGCACUCAUCGGCGAGGAGGGCAAGGGCUUCAAGAUGAUCCUCCACGGCAUGAACGCCGAGCGCUGCCUACUAGCAGGCGAGGCCCUUGGCUUGGGCUACGCGGCACUCUCCCGGGCAGCAAACUACGCCCGCGAACGCGUCGUCUUCGGACGGCCCAUCGGACAGAACCAAGGCGUAGCGCACCCUCUAGCCGACGCGUACAUGCGCCUCGAGGCGGCAAAGCUGGCGACCUACCACGCGGCGCGACUAUAUGACGCGGCGGCUGCCGGCAACGAAAGCAUCAAGCAGGACGCGGUGGGCGUGGCGGCCAACAGCGCAAAGUAUGUGGCCGCCGAAGCGGCGUUCGCGGCGUGCGAGCGCGCGGUUCUGGCGCACGGCGGGAUGGGCUACGCGGCCGAGUACGACGUUGAGCGGUGGCUGCGCGAGUGCCUGGUGCCGCGGAUCGCGCCGGUGAGCAGGGAGAUGAUACUCAACUACAUUGGCGAGAAGGUGCUGCGGCUGCCGAGGAGCUACUAA